AUGCAAGAAUUUUUCAGUGAAAAUUGGUUUAUUUGUUUCAUUAAUCAUAUUGCUUUACUACAGGCUCUCUUUAAAACAUUACGGCGUUUGCAUGGCCAAAAUUUGGAGAAUCAAGGCUUAAACAAUCUCACAGAAGCGUUCCAGAAUUUUAUGACACGCGCUAAAUACUUUAGCAUUUCCAAGAUAAGGCGAACGUGGUCACAUUCUGCUGUAGAAUUUUUGAAAUAUCGACGUUUGCUACCAAUGUUAACUUCUGAAGAUGAUCAUAAAGAUUCGUUUACAGGUUAUAUUUUGCAAUCCCAAAUCUUUAACCAGGAAAUUAGCAGACGAAUUGUCGUUAAUAACAUCGCUCCGCACGUCACUUGCAAUCAGCUAACUUCAUUUUUUUCAAAAUUUGGGAAGCCUCUUUUAUCCUUGGUUCUUGAGCAGUCUCCUUCAACUACUUUAAUUAAUAAAACUUUCUUAGAAGCAGCUGCUAAGGUAGCCCUUGAGAUCUUUUUUGUUGUUAAAGAGUUCGUUUGCCGAUUUUUUAAUGCGAAGAACCCGAUGCGUAAUAAUCACCUUCAGGCAUUUCUCGCAAAAUGUGGAAUCCACCUUAAAUCCCUUGAUCUUUCUGGUAUAAGACAUCUUUUUAAUGGAAAAGCUUUUUCAAUAAUUUCUUCGAUGUGUCCACAUUUGCGUGAGAUCAAUAUUUCUGGUUUAACUGCCGACUCAGUAAGUCUCAGAGCAUUUAGCGACGCCUUGCCCCAUCUUACCUCAGUAGUAUAUGCCGAUAUGAUUAGCGUUGGGGAUAAAGCCAUGUGGAGUUUGUUUAGAGGCAAUGGAGUCAACAUGCAGAAAGUCGAUCUUAGAGGUUGCAAACUUAUUAAAGGCUGCUGUCUUAGGUCGUUCUCAACUCCCCUCGAAAAUGUUUUACUUGACGGCUGCUCCCGUUUGGACAAUUUGUCCUUGGAAGACCUGUGUUUAAGGUCACCAAAUUUGAAAGAGUUACGGCUUAGCAACUGCUUUCGUAUUUCAGACGAAACUAUAGGUUUGAUUACCCGCUGUAUGUCCGAUUUAGAGAUAUUUUCGCUUUGUGGAGAUGGGUUUAAGAUGAUCACUCCAUCGGGACUCUUAACUUUAUCGAGGCUCAGGAAUCUUUCUGAAUUAAUGUUAGACUGUAACUCAGCGGUUUCAAAUGAGUUACUUGAAGCUCUUUUUGUCAGUUCUUCUCGCUUACGGAAGCUAAGCAUUGCGUAUGCUGGUAGUGAUAUUGCUGUGACUGAAGACGUGGAUUUAAGUGCUUUGGCGGCAGUUACAAAUAAAGUCGUUUCCGAAAUUAGUUCGAGGAAGAUGAAGUUACGUAGUUGCAUUUAUCUAGGCGAUGAAGGAGUCUGCACAGUCUCAAAGCUUUCUAAACUUGAGCUACUCGAUCUUAGUAAUUGUAUACUGGUACUUAUACUUCACUGUUUGAAUAAUAAACAUUCCUUGUUGAAUUUUAUCACGGUUGUAAUUGGCGGGACUAUAUGCCAAGUUAGCGGAUUGCGGGCGGACAAUAGUCGAGUUGUAUUGGACUUCAGCGAUUACAGUACACAUCAGCAGUUACAACCUCAAAGUGAAAAAACAGGUCAAUUUAAUACAACAAAUGCAGGUUUUUCAGCUACAAAAAAUCUAGUACCAGCGAUUUGA